GUAGGCGCGGCUCGUAGUUGCGCCGCACGUCUUCCGGGGCCGCAUUGCCAUGGCGGCCCGGGCUGGCGUCGCCCCCGCCGGCGACGGGCUGCGCUAUGCCGAGUACUUGCCGCCCUCGGCCCAACGGCGGGACGCCGAGAUCGACCACGGUCUGGCAAGAGGUUUGAUAGCUGUAGGAUUGGGUGUUGCAGCUGCUGCAUUUGCAGGUCGCUACGCGUUUCAGAUCUGGAAACCUUUAGAACAAGUAUUCACAGAAACAGCAAGGAAGAUUUCAAAUCCGAGCUUUUCAUCCUACUAUAAAGGAGGAUUUGAGCAGAAAAUGAGCAGGCGAGAAGCUAGUCUUAUUUUGGGUAUAAGCCCAUCUGCUGGUAAGGCCAAGAUUAAAACAGCUCAUAGGAGAAUCAUGAUUUUGAAUCACCCAGAUAAAGGGGGAUCACCUUACCUAGCCACUAAAAUAAACGAAGCAAAAGACGUGCUAGAAUCAACCACCAAGCAUUGACUGAUGUUGAAGAGUUGAACUGAAGGAAGCAAAACGGGAUACUUGAAGGAAAAACAAAUCGUGCACAGUCUGAAAUACUGAUGUUGACCACAAUGUAUCUUUCUGCAUUGAGCAACGCAGCAAUAAAAAGCUGUAUUACCUUUCAGAAGAA